GUUUUUCAGUUGGUUUUCCAUAGCUGCUCCGCACGCACGCUUUUCUCGGAAUUUUCUCGGUAUUUUUCGGUCACUUGGAAACUCAUUUCGUGCGUUUUGUGUGUGUGAAAGCAAAGAUGCGCCCGACUGACUGACUGCCACAUGCCACAAAUGGAUGGCAAAUGCAGUUCCAAAAUGUUUCCAAAAUAUUUGAAAUAAUUCUUCGAUUUGAUUACAAAGUUCAAGCAUUUCAAUGCCUUAAAAGUGAUUUUGUUUUAGUCUAAACUUUGGACAUCUUUUGGAUACAACCAAUCCACGCAAUCGACACGCUGCUUGAAUAUUUAAACAUCACAAAUAUUGGGAACUUCGAACAGAAAACAGGAAAAACGUAAUUUUAAUGAGACGACAAAGCCGCUGGCUGCCGCCUGUCGCCUGCCACAUAGACAACAGCUGAAAGGGGAGAGGGAGAGGAGAGGGAGAGGCAGAAGCCGCAGCAGCAGCAGAAGAAGGAGCAGGAGCGACACUCAGCACUCGGUGCUCCGCCAGCGGUCGAGUCAAUCAACGGAAGACCAGCAGCUCCUGCACUCAAAAUUCAUUGGACAACAACAUCAUCAUGGUCACGAACAUGUCGCAGCCGCAUUAUUGCGGCACUGCCAUCGAUGAUUUUCACACAAACUACAAAUAUUUUCAUGGCUACUUCUCGCUGAUUGUCUGCCUGCUGGGAACGAUAGCCAACACUUUGAACAUCAUUGUGCUGACACGCCGCGAGAUGCGCUCCCCAACGAAUGCCAUACUCACGGGUCUAGCGGUGGCCGAUCUCGCCGUGAUGCUCGAGUACAUACCCUACACGAUCCAUGACUACAUACUGAGUGCCAGCCUGCCGCGUGAGAAGCAAUUGAGCUACCAGUGGGCAUGCUUCAUCAAGUUCCAUUCGGUGUUCCCGCAAGUGUUGCACACAAUCUCCAUUUGGCUGACUGUCACGCUGGCCGUGUGGCGCUACAUUGCCGUCAGUUAUCCACAAAGGAAUCGCAUUUGGUGCGGCAUGCGAACGACUCUCAUUACCAUUGCCACUGCGUAUGUGGUGUGUGUGCUGGUGGUGUCCCCCUGGUUGUAUCUCGUCACAGCCAUUGCCAAAUUCCUGGAGACGCUCGAUGCGAGCGGCAAGACGAUCCAUUCGGAGCCAUUGAGUCAAUACAUUUUGGACUACAAUCGCGAGGAGGAUACCAUCACGAUGCAGGUGAUGUCCAGCACAACGCCAGAGAUCUCUUGGAUGCAGCACAGAGCCUUCAGCAACGUUUCGCUCACCACAGCGGUGCCUCUGACAACGACCACAAUUACAGGGGAGGACUUGCCCGUUGUGCGAAAUGUCACCGUGUUCAAGCUCUAUCACAGUGCUCUCGCGUUGCACGAUCGCCAGCUGAGGAAUGCCACAUUUCUCAUCUACAGUGUGCUCAUUAAACUCAUACCCUGCUUCGCUCUGACGGUGCUCUCGGUGCGACUCAUUGGCGCCCUGCUGGAGGCCAAGCGACGACGCAAGGUGCUGGCCUGCCAUGCGGCCAGUGACAUGCAACCGAUUGUCAAUGGCAAGGUUGUCACGCCCACACCCACGCCCAAGAGCUGUAAGCUGCUCGAGAAGGAGAAGCAAACGGAUCGCACCACACGCAUGCUGCUGGCGGUGCUGUUACUCUUUUUGAUUACCGAAUUUCCACAGGGUAUUAUGGGUCUGCUGAAUGCCCUCCUGGGUGAUGCCUUCUUCCUGCAGUGCUACCUGAAAUUGAGUGAUUUAAUGGACAUUUUGGCUUUGAUCAACUCCAGCAUCAACUUCAUUCUCUAUUGCUCGAUGAGCCGACAGUUUCGCACAACCUUUACCCUGCUCUUUCGACCCCGUUGGCUGGACAAAUGGCUGCCUCUCUCCCAGCACGACAUCGAUGGCCGCCACGGUGGACAGCGGGAGGGUGGCGGCAGGCAGCGACUGCUACACACGGAUGCUGUGAGUAAGAGCAUGGCCAUCGAUCUGGUGGGUCUCACGACGCAGGUGACAAAUGUGUAGCACGAGAGCAGUGGCCGUGCAAACACUGCAUCGGCCAUGGCAGCAGGAGGGGGAGCAUGUGGAGGAGUGUCGUCCUCGGUGGUUGAUGGAUGUGGUGUGGAUACAACAAAUGACAUCAGUAUGGUGGAAAUGUUGCACAGGGAACCAGCCCCUCCUGCUCCUCGUCAACAGACCAGGGGAACUUCCAGCACCUCACGCCGCAGGCAACGCCGUGGCAGUGGAAAGUGCAUUUGGCCCACCACCGAGUGGCUGCGAAAACUGCGAGCCAACAGCAGAACGCUUAGUCGUACGGGUGCCAGCGCGGAGCAGCUGCAGCAGCAGGAUCAUCAGCAGCAGCAGCAACAGCAGCAGCAGCAGCGACGCAGCAGUGUUCUGCUGAUGGUCCUGCUGCACAGUUCAUCCAACGAUGAGAUGAAGGCCAAGGCGGUGCUCGUCAGUGAGGAGCAGCAGCAGCGGGAACGACAGCGGCAGAACCUACCGCAGGACGAAGUGGAAGAUGCCAUCGAUGCUCUGUGGCUGUAAAAAACCCCUUAGAUAAGCUAAUAACUAAUUAACGAAUUAAUUAACUAAUAACUAACAUUUAGAUAAAGACCAACAACAAAAUUGUUUUCUAUUGCUGCUUACAUGCCCAACCCCCAGCUAGGCUUAUCAGGUGCGGAUCGAGAGCCCCUUUCUGCAGCUGCUUUGCUUUUGUCGUGGGGGUGGGGCAGGCGAAAGCAGCAUACAACACACAUUUUGUGGCGCCACUGAAUAAGGUGAUAAUUAACUUUAAGAGUGACCUUUAACCCCCCUCUAACUCUAGUUGUGUAAGUGCAAAGCGCAACAUUUAGUUAUAGUUUAACUAUUUAAUGGAAUAAUUUCUAAGCAUCUAAGCUGACCAGAAAUAUAAAUCUAUAUCUUUUCUU